AUGAGUAGUGGAUCAAGUGAUCCAGGUCCUGAUGAUUAUGAAAAUAACUCACAAUAUCAUUUAGAUGAAGUUAAUGUUGAUAUGAAUCCUGAAAUCCAUAGCAUGGUCCAACGUUAUUGUUUCACGAAUGUUGGCACUACAGAAGGAAUUACUGUAAACAAUGAUUUUGUGAAGGCAUAUUCAUCAACUCGAGAAUGGGAUGAGGACGUAGCAAAUGAUAGGGCUUAUGUUGGUAGCCAAGUCGAGGAAGAAUUUUCAAUUCCAGUAGAACUGAUGGAGGGUAUGUGUUUUACCAAGAAAGAGGAUCUUCAGUUUGCAUUACAGGGUUGGUCAAUAAUAAAUAAUGUGGAGUAUGUCAUUGUAGCUUCAAAUAGACAGAAAUUUACAGUGGUUUGUGCUCAGAGUGGUAGGUCAGACAGACCAUGUAUAUGGCGUUUGCAUGCGGGGGUGAGCAAACGUUUGGGGGGCAUAUGGAAAAUAUCUUCCAUGAAAAACCAACAUACUUGCGCAACCCCGAUUCUAACGACUGGACAUAGACAAUGUAAUUCACAAUUUAUAAGCUACUUCAUAUUGCCCAGUAUCAGAAGGCAUAUGGAUCUCAAGCCGCGAGAGAUUAUCGGUCAAAUUGAAGCAAAGUUCAACAUAAAAGUUUCAUAUAUGAAAGCUUGGGAUGCUAGAAGAAAAGCUGUGAAAAUAGUUUUUGGUAGCUGGGAGGAGUCGUACCGAACCAUAAAUUUGUUCAUGGACGCUAUUGUGUUUUCAAUGCCCGAAACCGUUUAUAAGAUACAAACGUCUGAGAAUCAUAGAUUUGAGAGAUUAUUUUUCUCCUUUGGGCCUUCGAUAAAAGGUUGGAGCUACUGUCGCCCUGUACUUUGCCUUGACUGCACAUUCCUGUUAGGCAAAUAUCGAGGCACUUUACUAACCGCUGUGGGAUUUGAUGCUAACAAUGGAUUGUACCCCCUCGCCUUAGCAAUUGUAGAAUCAUAA